AUGUUUGAGCAAAAGUCAUCCGGGAAGGCGCUGUUUAACCUGAGUUGCAGCCAUCUAAAUCUUGCUGAAAAAGAAUAUUUUGGAUUAGAAUUCUGUAGCCAUUCUGGAAAUAAUGUCUGGUUGGAACUUCUGAAGCCUAUUACAAAGCAAGUAAAAAUGGACCCUGGACAUCUGCGAGAAGAGCUUACAAGGUAUCUUUUUACUCUUCAAAUAAAGAAGGACUUGGCUCUGGGAAGACUUCCAUGCAGUGACAACUGUACAGCGUUGAUGGUAUCUCACAUCUUACAAUCAGAACUGGGAGACUUUCAUGAAGAAACAGAUAGGAAACAUUUGGCACAAACCCAGUACUUACGGAACCAAGACCAUUUAGAGAACAAGAUCGUGCACUUCCAUCAGAAGCACAUUGGCAGGAGCCCAGCUGAAUCUGACAUUCUGCUACUGGACAUAGCGAGGAAGCUGGACAUGUACGGUAUCAGGCCGCACCCUGCCAGUGAUGGCGAAGGAAUGCAGAUCCACCUGGCUGUUGCUCACAUGGGCGUACUGGUGCUACGGGGAAAUACAAAGAUCAAUACUUUCAACUGGGCUAAAAUCCGCAAGUUGAGUUUUAAGAGAAAGCAUUUUCUCAUCAAACUUCAUGCCAACAUCUUGGUGUUGUGCAAGGAUACCUUGGAGUUCACCAUGGCCAGCCGAGAUGCCUGCAAGGCUUUCUGGAAGACUUGUGUGGAGUACCAUGCUUUCUUCAGACUUUCUGAAGAGCCCAAAUCAAAGCCAAAAACCCUACUCUGCAGCAGGGGUUCCAGUUUCCGCUACAGCGGAAGAACCCAAAGGCAACUUUUGGAAUAUGGAAAAAAAGGGAGGUUGAAGAGCUUGCCAUUUGAAAGGAAACAUUACCCAUCUCAGUACCAUGAACGACAGUGCAGGUCCUCACCAGACCUCCUCUCUGAUGUAUCAAAACAAGUGGAAGAUUUGAGACUAGCCUAUGGCAGUGGGUACUACCGGAACGUGAAUGGAGUGCACGCCUCUGAGCCUGUGCUGGACAGCAGGAGGAGAAACUCUGCAGUGGAGGUGACGUUUGCAGCCGAGCUGGAGCGUUCCAAACCAGAGGCAGAUCCCACAUCAUUACAUCAGUCCCAAAGCAGUUCUUCUUUCCCUUUUAUUUAUACAGACCCUGUCUUUACCACUGACCCUUAUCCUGACACUGAUCCCAGAGACUACUUUCAGGAAAGGAACCCUCUAAGCUCCUUCCAAACAAGCUGUAAGUUUGCUGACAAUCACAUGAGCACAUCUUCCAGCCUUACAAGCAAAGUGAGUCCCGCAAGGCAGCUAACUUACACAGAUGUGCCCUAUAUCCCUUGUACUGGUCAGCAGGUUGAUAUUAUGCCUCCCCAAGUCUUCUUUUAUGUGGACAGGCCACCCCAGGUGCCCAGAUGGUCUCCAAUCAUGGCAGAGGAAAGGGAAAGGCCAGACAGCUGUCUACAGCCUACUGCAAAGCAGCCAGCCAAAAGAAGCCCAAGGAACAUCAGAAUGAAGAGCUUUCAGCAAGACUUUCAAGAACGCCAAGAAGCUAUGGCCAGGACUACUGGAAGGAGCAACAUCAAUGUAGAUCUAGAAGAGGAAGAUCCAAAUUUAGAAGAUGCAUUUGCAUAUAACAUUCAAGAGCCAACCCCUAAACGGUCCCAGAGCCAAUCAGACAUGAAAACUAUCCGUUUUCCUUUUGGGUCAGAAUUUAGACCUUUAGGGCCUUGUCCUGCUCUGAGUCGUAAAGCUGACCUGUUUACAUGUAUGUUUGCAGAGCAGGAGUUUCCAACAGUUUUAAUGGAUCAGGGAGCAACAGAAAGGUAUGUAGCUAGUGAGUCCAGUGAUUCUGAAUCAGAGAUUCUUAAACCAGACUACUACUCUUUGUAUGACAAAGGAAUAGGGUCACCCAUGGCCAGAAUCCGCUUGUCUUCUGGUAGCCUACAGCUAGAUGAAGAAGAUGAAGAUGUUUCUUUCAAUACAUCAACUGCUGAAGAUAGGACUUUGAGAAAACCGUGUAAUUACUUUUUAGCUUAA